GUGCUUUGUGCGAUGAUGACAGCUCGUCAGCCUCUGAGGACGAGGACGACCUGGAGCUGAAGCGCACAGUGAGCGCGGAUAGCGAGGACAUGGAGUCACUGCUUGCCCCAACAUCUCUGCGCGUCCGGUCUGUCAUGAUGUCAGUAGCAGCUGGCACAUGCUGGGGCUUUGGGCCACUGGGGAAGAAGAUUGGGGUCCAUGGGAGCAGCGAUGCGGAGAAGCACUCCUGGACAACCUGCACUUACUUUGUUUACAUGAUCUCCACCACUAUCGUGCCUUUAGUGCGUGUCCUGCUUUCUGGGAGGGGCACCAGACGAGAAGUACUGCGGGACGUACGGUUCCGGUAUCUGUUGCUGGGAACGACGGUCUGCGGAUUGAUCUCGGGCGGUGGCGGGUUGAUCUCUACCUAUGCCUUUUCCCAGGAGGGCUACUUUUCAGGUGCCUUGAUUUCCACAGUGGAGAACGGCGUCUACACUGUGUUUGGGGCCCUACUGAUUGCGGUGCUCUUCGAGGAGACAUUGAGCAAGGAGCAGCUUAUCAGCGGGAUCUCCGUGCUGCUGGCCAUCAUCAUAUUCGGCAUGGAGUCUUGGAGUUUGUUAGUUAGGUUCUACCUCUGCUGCGCUUUGCGCCUGAGGGAGAAGGAAGUCGAAGCAGCCGGUCAGGACUCAGAGAAGCUUUUGGCCCUGGCUGGCGAGGUGGCACAACAAGAUGUCGAGCCCUUCUUCCAGGAAUGCCGGGAUUUCGUGUCUGGCUACAAUGAGGCUCUGCAUCGGCGACUUGACGACACGACGAUUUGGCGAGAGGUUGAAGACAGUCUGUUUUGGCAUCACAGCUUUGAGGUGGUUGCAGACGAGGCCUAUGCGGAACUGCGCCGAGAAGCCUUGCCCGCUGAGGCGGACUGGCCUGACAGAGGGGAUACGGCCUCCAUCGAAGCUGCGCAGAUGGCUCUGCCUGCCUACUGGUUGGACAACUUCAGCGUGGCCGUGAAAGAAGGUGGUCCAUCCAGAGAGAAGGCAGAGGCUGGGUUGGACAUCCAUGAUUUGGUGGGCAUGCCGAGGGCACUCUCCUCGCAGCCUUUUUGUAUCCCAGAGAUGGAAAUUCAGCCGCGGGCAUAUCCGGAAGCCAGCCCCUUGCCGACCAUGAAUGGAAACGCAAUUCAGCUCUCCCCGACCCAGCAGAAGGCCUUCGAGCUACUGGUGGGCGCCAUUAAGACCAAAGCUGCACCGCUCGUGGAGCUGCGCUCGCCUCCCGCCCUGGGGCGAGGCUACGGCGUGACGUCGAUCCUGAAAUCUGCAGCAGCUCAGUUCGGAGUGCCCUUCCUGGGAGUCUCCACUGCCUUGCUAAGCGAGGCUGGCGAGGGCCAGGCGUUGAAAGCACUUCAUGCAGCAGCCCUCGCCUCCCUGGAGAAGCAUGGGAUUGCUGUCAUUGACGACCUGGACCUUGCUGUAGCGCCUCGCUCGGUGCGACGCUCUCGGACACUCAUCGGCGACAUCAAGGGUGCAGGUGAUCUCUACAACUGGGAGGUAGCUCCUUCACCUGCCAUGCUCAUCAAGGCCUUGAACGAUGCUGCGGCCUCUGCUCAUGGUGUGAUUGCCUUCUCCUCGGUGGAAGACGCGCACUUGGCCUUCAUCAAUGCGCCCCUGGCCGUGACACUGGGUGAAUCCACGGCAGAGGAUUACGGAGUGGUCUUGAAGAAUGUUUUGGCAGCCCAGGGGGCAGCGGAUGAAGAGGUUAUCUACUCUUUGCACUCACAGCUCUCUCCUGCUGACCUGAAAGCCGCGGCAGCGCGGGUUCUUGCACGUCAGACCUCGGUCACAACCGAGACCCUAGUAAGCUCAAUCAGGGACGAGUUGGUUUCCGUAUCUGCGGUUGCCCCAGAGGAGGUUGAGCCUGUCGACCUGGCGGAGUAUCCUGGGCUUGAGGGGAUCAAGGAGGAGUUGGAGCGAAAUGUGCUCUUCCCCUUAGAGAACCCUGACCAAGCCAAGAAGUUUGGACUUACUCCAAAGCGUGGAGUGCUCCUACAUGGCCAGCCGGGCACAGGCAAGACCACCGUGGGGCGCUGGUUGGCCAAUAGGCUGAAGGGUAAGUUCUUCCUGGUCCGUGAGAUGAUGCUCCAGGCUGACAUCAUCAAAGUCUUUGCAGCUGCCCAGGCAGCCGCACCCUCCGUGGUCUUCAUCGACGACGCGGACAUCGUGAUAGGAGGCUGGCGCCCCCUAGAUGGCCACCGUGGCUCUGACAUCUUCCGUUUCCUCCUGGGACGAAUGGACGGGCUGACCUCCAGAGGCAAACGUCAGCGAGAGACCGGAGACGUCGUUGUAGUGCUCACCGGGCAGAACGUCCACUGGAUGGCUGAUAUGCUUCUCCGAAGCGGCCGCAUCGAGUUGUGGCUAAAGACGAAACUACCGGAGCCGAGGCAGAAGCACGCCAUCCUUCGCAAGUACAUCAAAGAAGAUCCGGGUGCCAUGGAGCUGCUCUGCAAAGACGGUGAGAUGCCAGAUGUGAAGAUGGCAUCGAAAGCCAGCGACAAUUUCUGCUGCGCUGAUCUCCGCAGAGUGGUCAGCGAUGCCAAGAUGCUGGCUGCCUGGGAUCGGAACAGCAACGGCAAGAUCUUGGACGGAGCAGCGUACUUGGAGAAAGCCGCGGAGGGCGUCUGUAAGAUGCAAGAAGAAGUGCGCGCUACCUCCCGAAACUUGUACGGCUAA